AUGGCUAUGUUCAGCCAAAAUCCCCUGAUGAACGGGCCCAACUACUCCUUCUCCGAGGCCCCCAAGACCGCCAACGGCGAGUUCAGACAGCACCGCUUCAACCCCUACACGGACAACGGCGGUUCCACCCUCGCCAUUGCCGGCGCCGACUUCGCCAUCGUAGCCGGCGAUACCCGUAGCACUUCCGGCUACAGCAUCAACUCCAGAUACACACCCAAGGUCUUCAAGAUCGGCGGCACCACCUCAACACAAGAAGAUGCGACAAUCAUGCUCUCUGUCGUCGGUUUCGCCGCCGACGGCGAGGCCCUCAAGGACCGCCUCGAUACCAUCUGCAAGAUCUACCGCUACCGCCACGGCAAGCCCAUGAGCGUCACAGCCUGCGCGAAGCGUCUCUCGACGAUCCUCUACCAGAAACGCUUCUUCCCCUACUACGUCUACGCCAUCCUCGGCGGUCUCGACGAGGAGGGCGUCGGCGCCGUCUUCUCCUACGACCCCGUCGGUAGUUACGAGAGAGAGCAGUCCCGCGCCGGCGGUGCCGCCGCCAGCUUGAUCACACCGUUCCUCGACAACCAGGUCAACUUCAAGAACCAGUACGUGCCCGGCAGCGGAGUGGGUCACGAGCUGCAGGAGCGUCCCCGCGUUCCCCUGGAGCGCAAGGAGGCCGAGAUUUUGGUCAAGGAUGCGUUUGACGGAGCGGUCGAGAGACACAUCGAGGUCGGUGACCACCUGCAAAUGAUGGUCAUCACCAAGACCGGCAUCGAGGAGGUUCUUCUCCCCUUGAAGAAGGAUUAA